GCCGGAUGAUCGUUUCCCCGUUCCGGAGUGUCCAGUUCUCACCACAGCCGGCCCUACAUAUCCCAAGGCCCAACGGUUCUUCCCAACGAAAAAAAACACCUGGCCUCGCUCGCAAUCGUAAUCCCUAUAAACCCCACAACCUUCACCCCACACUCUCUUCACAUCUCACCGAUAACUCCGCAUCCCAAUCACCUACCCAACACACCCACAAUGGAGAGUAGAAAAACAGCCUCGGUCUCCACGCGCUACCUGAUAGCCUACAACGCCCUUUCCGCGGCGCUCUGGGCCGGCGUCCUCGGGCGAACCGUGCUCCUGCUCCCUCUCGUCGGGCCCACGCACAUCCACGAAUCCCUCGGCGACUACACGAAAUGGGUGCAGACGCUCGCGAUCCUCGAGAUCUUCCACAUCGCGUUCGGGCUCCUCCGCUCCUCGCUGCCGACCACGAUCCUGCAGGUUGCCUCGCGUCUGCUCCUCGUGUGGGGCGUCUGCGACCGGUUCUCGGCGCCCCAGCAGAGCAACGCCUACACGUCCAUGCUCAUCGCCUGGAGCAUCACCGAGGUCUGUCGCUACACUUACUACGUGAUCAACCUGUCUGGCGGCAGCGGCGGUGUCCUCAACUGGUUGAGGUACAAUACCUUUUUCAUCUUGUAUCCCCUUGGUGCCGGUAGUGAGGCGUGGUGUAUCUUCCGUGCGCUCCCGGAGGUCUACGCGAAGAACGAAACCUACUAUUGGGUUCUGGUUGCUAUUCUGGCCACAUACGGACCUGGAUUGUACAACCAGUACACCCACAUGAUCCGCCAGAGGAGGAAGAACAUGAGGGGCAAGAAGAGGGCGUAAGCCGGAGAUUGAAGGACUGGCUCUCGCACGUAUAUGAGUCCACGUUUUUUCACUUUCCUCUAGAUAUCGAAAUCAAGACUUUCAUAGGAUCAAUAUACACACACUAUU